AAAGGUGUCCUUAGAGAGGUGUCCUCAUUCCUUAGAGAGAGGUUCAACUGUAUUGGCAAGCAAAAAAGAACGAAUCAAGAAUGCGUAAUUUCAGCCAAAUUUGCGUGUAUUAAUACAUACAUAGAGCUAGACCGAGGACACUGCUGCCAAUUAAUCCCAUACCACACCAAAACGGUAAUAUUACUUGCGCAAACCAUAACCUAUUUAUUGCCGUAAUGGUGACGAUAUUAAUGCCAUUGUGUCGGUGGGUGAAAGAUCAAUGGGUAUUUUAAAACCUUUUUUGGUAAUGAACUGCAAGUGUGUAGAGUAAUGUAUAGUGAGGUGUCCUGAUUAGUAAGGUGUCCUGACUAGCAAGG